GGCUUGUAGAAAUGCAUGUCACUAUUGAUCGACAUUUUUAAAUUCCUUUUGUCAUUGCCAAGGUUUCUGGAUGGGACUUCCUGUUAUGUGAAUUCAAGUCAGAGUUAGAGUCUAUAUAAAUAUUUGCGCUAUCCCAUGCCAUCCCAGACUUUUUUACUUCAAACUCCUCGUGUGCACAUUUCUUCCCAAUCGAAAUACACCAAAUAAAGCAUCCCGAUAAUCUUUGACCCGUCUCCCACCUACUCAUUCAGACCAUCAACAAACCCGUCAUCAUGUCCGCCAACGAUAAUACUUCCACCCUUAAGUCAUAUGUCGACUCAGCCACUGGCGCCGUCCAGUCCGCUCUGAGCAACGUCACCGGCAGCGCUGGCGAUCAGGCACACGGCCAAGCUAGGCAAGACAAGGGCCAAGCUGAGAAAGAAGCAUCUGACGCGACUCUGAAGGGUCCCGGCUUCACUGCCACAGCAUCUGGUGUCAGCCAAGACCACCCUGAUCGAGCAGCCGGCCAGUACAAUCAAACUGUCGGUUCUGCAAAGGAGGCUAUUGGUUCAGCCAUUGGAUCCGCAGGCCUUCGCUCGGCCGGUGAGCAGCAAAACCAGCAGGGGAAAGAGCAAGAGGCGAAAGGUCAGGUUAAUGAUCUCGUCAAGGACGGUGUGGUCCAGCGUGCCACUGCAGCCAUCGGAGAAACUACUGCUAAUGCGCUUGGCAACAAGGGUGCACAGGCUGAAUAUCAAAAGCAACAUGAUGAAGCCAAGGCCUCUCAACGCGGCGCGGAGCAUGACAUUUUGAAGCAGGCUGAGGCCGAUCAGAACGCUGCCAAGCCCUGAGCAAUUAUAUGUGAAUAAGGGGCGGAAGAAUGAUAGUGACGGGUGCAGACAUCAAUAUAAUACCUUAAGGAUAAUGCAGCAAGGGUGGAGAAGGCUCCAAUAGCAUCUCAGAACGUUGUAAUACAACUUGUUCCUAUCAGCUUCACUUUUAGUAUUCAACCUUCUGCCACUGUACCACAUUAUUUCGAUAGAUGCUGUAUAAGGAUGCAGUACUGCAGACAACCGGUGGUGAAUAUGAACUUGAUACCAACU